AUGGCCGAGAUCAUAGCAACAAAUACGGAGCCUCUCCCCGAAUAUUACGUCCACAGCUUUCCAGCGCCGGGCCUCAAUCAGAUCGUUAGGCAUAUUACUGGAAAUAACGCUAAUGGUGAAUCUCGAUUCCUAUGUUCAGACCAUGGGGAACAUUAUCGUUUCAUGCUGGAGCAUCAAGCAGUAGCCAACAUCAUAUAUUCUACCCGAGAGACCCCUGUUGAUCUGAAUGCCAACGCAGAUAUCAUCAAGGCCCAUGAACAAGAGCCCCCGUUACACUAUCCCAACGGCUCAAUUGUCCGCAUGAUUGAUUUCGGUCCGGGCGUAGAGUCCCCUUUUCAUCGAACACUAACCAUUGAUUAUGGAAUCGUUUUGGAGGGGGUCUUCGAACUUACUCUUGAUUCGGGCGAGAAACGAAUCUUGCGCCAGAGUGAUGUGUGCAUUCAGCGGGCUACUUCACACAAGUGGAAGAACGUCACCGGCAAUGGCACCUUGCCAGGACGCAUGCUGUGGGUUCUCCUUGAUAUUAAGGAGGUUACCAUAGAUGGCAAGAAGCUUAGGGGUGACCUUGGUGACCUACAAGAAGAAUAUGCAGGCCAUAGCAGUUAUUGA